GGGGCGUGAGCCCAAAUUUGCUGCUGCCCCGAGGCAAGUCCCGAGCCCGGCCGACCUCGUGCCUCGAGCUUUCUCGUCUCUUCUCUGCACCCUCCGUUCUGCGGCCUGAGUUCUGCACCUUUCUGCCACGGAACCCACGCGCAACGGGCGCGCCAUGAGCCGGGGCGAGCGCGCCGGGGGCGGCGGCGGCGGCGGCGACGACGACGCACUGAAGGGCAGCCGUGGGGACGGCGGUGGGCUACCAGCGAAGCCAGCCGGGAGCCGGGCCGCCAGCACGCUGUGCCUGCUGCUCUCGGUGGGCUCCGCAGCCGCCUGCCUGCUGCUGGGCACCCAGGCGGCCGCGCUCCAGGGCCGAGUAGCGGCGCUCGAGGAGGAGCGGGAGCUGCUGCGGCGCGCGGGACCGCCUGGCGCCCUCGCUGCCUGGGCCGAACCGCACCUGGAGCGCCUGCUGAGUGAGAAGUUGGAUGGACUGGCCAAACUCCGGACAGUUCGGGAAGCCCCGUCCGAAUGCGUGUGCCCCCCCGGGCCCCCAGGACGGCGUGGCAAGCCUGGAAGAAGAGGCGACCCUGGUCCUCCAGGCCAGUCGGGACGAGAUGGCUACCCGGGACCACUGGGUCUGGACGGCAAGCCUGGACUUCCAGGCCCCAAAGGGGAAAAGGGAGUGCCAGGAGACUUCGGCCCUCGGGGAGACCAAGGACAAGCUGGAGCUGCUGGGCCUCCGGGUCCCCCUGGACCUCCCGGGGCCCGGGGCCCUCCUGGCGACACUGGGAGAGACGGUCCCCAGGGAGAACAAGGUCCAGCGGGUCCCAAAGGAGAGCCUGGCCAGAACGGUGACACUGGCCCCAAGGGACCCCCAGGGCCUAAGGGGGAUGACGGGACGCCAAGUCAGCCUGGGCUCCCCGGACCCCCAGGGCCUAAGGGUGAGCCAGGGAGCGUGGGACCCCGAGGAGAAAGCGGUGUGGACGGUGCUCCGGGACCAAAGGGGGAGCCCGGCCAUGGAGGCGCCGCCGGAGCCACAGGGCCCCGGGGUCCGCCAGGCCUCAAGGGCGAGCAGGGAGAUACAGUGGUGAUUGACUACGAUGGCCGCAUCCUGGAUUCCCUGAAGGGGCCUCCAGGGCCACAGGGGCCUCCAGGACCCCCAGGGAUACCCGGAGCCAAGGGCGAGCUCGGCCUGCCCGGUGCUCCCGGAGUCGAUGGAGAGAAGGGUCCCAAAGGACCGAAAGGAGACCCAGGAGAGCCUGGGCCAACUGGACCCAAAGGAGAAGCAGGAGACAUGGGUUUGUCCGGCCUUCCGGGUGCUGACGGCCUCAAGGGAGAGAAGGGAGAGUCAGCUUCUGACAGCCUCCAGGAGAGCCUGACCCAGAUCAUAGCGGAGCCAGGGCCACCCGGCCCCCCGGGCCCUCCAGGCCCCAUGGGUCUUCAGGGAGUCCAGGGUCCCAAGGGCUUGGACGGAGCAAAAGGAGAGAAGGGUGCGUUGGGUGAGAGAGGCCCCAGCGGGCUGCCUGGGCCAGCUGGCCCACCAGGCCUCAUUGGACUGCCAGGAACCAAAGGAGAGAAGGGCAGGCCCGGCGAGCCAGGACUAGAUGGCUUUCCUGGACCCCGCGGAGAGAAAGGUGAUCGGAGUGAGCGUGGAGAGAAGGGGGAGCGAGGAAUCCCAGGCCGGAAAGGAGUGAAGGGUCAGAAGGGUGAGCCAGGACCACCAGGCCUGGACCAGCCGUGUCCCGUGGGUCCCGAUGGGCUGCCUGUGCCUGGCUGCUGGCAUAAGUCAGAGUCCAGCACAGCCAGUGCCAAGCCACCAGAUGUCCCUGGGACUUUGUCCAAACUGUCCCACUGA